AUGGCUUUCCUGGCCGGGCCUCGCCUGCUGGACUGGGCCAGCUCGCCGCCGCACCUGCAGUUCAACAAGUUCGUGCUGACUGGGUACCGACCGGCCAGCAGCGGUUCGGGCUGCUUGCGCAGCCUCUUCUAUCUGCACAACGAGCUGGGCAACAUCUACACUCACGGACUGGCCCUGUUGGGGUUCCUGGUUCUGCUGCCUAUGACAGUGCCCUGGGGCCAGCUGGGUAAGGACGGUUGGCUUGGGGGUACACACUGUGUGGCCUGCCUGGCGCCCCCCGCAGGCUCUGUGCUCUAUCAUCUCUUCAUGUGCCACCAAGGGGGCAGCCCAGUAUACGCCCGGCUCCUCGCCCUGGAUAUGUGUGGGGUCUGCCUCGUCAACACACUUGGGGCCCUGCCCAUCAUCCACUGUACCCUGGCCUGCAGGCCCUGGCUGCGCCCAGCCGCCCUGCUGGGCUACACCAUGCUGUCAGGGGUAGCCGGUUGGAGGGCCCUCACUGCCCCUUCCACCAGCGCCCGUCUCCGCGCCUUCGGUUGGCAGGCUGGUGCCCGCCUCCUAGUAUUUGGGGCCCGGGGAGUGGGGCUGGGCUCAGGGGCCCCAGGCUCCCUGCCCUGCUAUCUGCGCAUGGACGCCCUGGCUCUGCUCGGAGGGCUGGUGAAUGUGGCCCGCCUGCCUGAGCGCUGGGGGCCCGGCCGCUUUGACUAUUGGGGCAACUCCCAUCAGAUCAUGCACCUGCUCAGCGUGGGCUCCAUCUUGCAGCUGCACGCAGGUGUUAUACCUGACCUGCUCUGGGCCGCCCGUCACGCCUGCCCACCGGACUGA